AGGGAUAUAAAAUAGAAGGGGUAGUGGAUUUCUGCCUGAGUCCCAGGAACACAGGGCUGUGCGCUUCUGAAGGAAAGGAGGUCAAGAGUCUGGGUUAGCUGGAAGAGUCUCACGAUACUGCGUUUGCUGGAUGCAAAAGGUGCUGGAUAUAGAUGCAGUCAUUUCAUUGUUACUAAUCCCUAAAUUAAGCAACUGAAUUUGACUGCAUAACUUCCUGAUCCAGGACUACAAAUAUGUCCCUGAAAAAGAAGUUCUCUGUAUUUUUGUCUGGCUAGAAAGAUUAUCCUGUUGCACUGUAAACAGCCACUGAACCUUCUGAAGAGAUUUCUCAUCUGGGCUGUUUUGCUGAUAUUGCUAUGGACCCAGGUCCUGGUUCUUCUCCCUGAGAGGAUUAUUUUGGCUGCCCUAGCUGGGUGCAUGCGAAGUCAAGGAUCAUUCUUGUCAAAAAAUAUCUCUGAUUGCAGUAUUUCAUGCAUUGAUCUUGGCCCAGAAAAGAAAAAAUCUUUUGGCAACCAGUCUUCAGUAUACAAGGGAAAACAAAAGUCUACGUUGCUGUAAGGAGCCCGAGAUCAGAUCCAGGGAUACACCUCAGCACCUUUGUCAGUCCUUGCAGAUGAUUUAAUGCCCCGUGGCCUCAGAGACCACUACAGACAUUUUUCAUCCGUUAUGUUUGCGUGUGCAGUAUUACUUAAUCCUACGGAAGAGUAAAGUGGUUGAUUUUCAUAGUUUUAAGAUGAAAUGGAACAGGUUUUCUUAAAAGCAUACCAUGGAGUUUGCUGGUUUGAUCAUACCUGCAGAGCCAUGACCCCAGCCUCUGAAUCCUCCCUGUGCUCUCAGAUUUGCCUCUAUUUGUGUUACCGAGCUGGAGAGAAGGUUAAAAUGAAGAUUUAAUCUUAGUGAUGCAAGGCUUGCAGCGUACUGGAGACCCUGAAGGAGAACAGCUCCAGGAAGGAUGGUUGACUACAUUAACAUUAGAGUGAUGAACGCAGUAUUUAGUCCCCUUCUCAUCCAAGCUGGCAACUUGUUCCCGUGUGUGCUCCUUUCCCUUGGUUUAUGGAGACAUCUCAAAUACAUUUCUCAGUUCCCUCUAUUAUCAGGCAUCUGUGAAAGCCUCUCAGACGCUUGUGCACCUGCCUUUGGUCUCUACUUCCCCAGGAAAGAGUACUCGGAGAAUGUCUACAUUGAUCAGCCAGCGGGUACGCCGCUCCUGCGCAUCCAUGCCUUGCGGGAUUCACAUGGGGAAACGGCCCACUUUCAUCUGUGCCAGAAUCUCAUCAUUUCUCGAGCAAGAUCCCAUGAAAAUCACUGGUUUCAAAUCAGAGAAAAAACAGGACUUCUCUACCUCAGCAAAAGCCUGGAUAGAGAAGACUUUAACAUGCUGUCUGUAGGAAACUGGAUGCCGUUAUCAAAGGUGAUGCUGUAUGUCUUCCUUUCAUCCCACCCUUUCCAAGAGAAGGAAUGUGACUCUGCUACACGCGCCACGGUUUUCCUCUCCUUGAUCAAUGCUACUGCACCAGCUUGCAGUUCCCUGACAGCGAGGCAGCUUUGUUUCACAGAAAUGGAUCUCUCCUUUCACAUCAAAGAGAAUAAACCACCUGGCAUAUUUCAUCAGCUCCAGUUACCCUCGGUUCAUCAUCUGUGUCAGAAUCUCAGCAUUUCCUACAAACUGCUGGCAGCUGAAGGUAUGCCCUUUCGAUACAAUGAGAACACCACUGGCGUGAGUGUGACGCAGCGCCUAGAUCGAGAAGAGAGAGAGAGAUAUGAGCUGAUUGCCAAAUGUACCGCAAGAGAGGGCUUCAGGGAAACGCAGGUUGAGGUGCCCUUCCUGGUGAACGUGUUAGAUGAAGAUGACUCUCCUCCCUUCCUUCCCAACGGCACAGAUACUGCAGAUGCGGUCGUGGAGUUCAACAGGAAGGAGGGAACCGUCCUUGCAACGCUAACUGUGUACGAUGCGGACACCACACCUAUUUAUCCCCUUGAAAACAGCAGAAAGAAAUACACAGGAACCAUCAUUACCGAUGAUCCCUGGAUAAGUGAAACAUUUCGGGUAGAGCACAUCUUUGAUGAAAUCCACUUCAGCCCAAAUGGCAGCCAAGUGAGGGGAACUCAACAUGAGUACAAACUGGUACUGAAUAAAAGUAUUUCAGUCACAGAGCAUCGUUCCUUCCAGUUGGAUGUUUUGGUGAAUGACACAGAAUUUCCUGGCCCAGAAAGAUCGGUGAUGCUUCAUUUCAACGUCUCCAUCCUCCCUGUCAGCAUUCAGUUUCCAAACGUGACUUACCAGUUCACAGUGAACAGAAAUGCUGAACGUUUUGCACAAAUUGGAAAAAUCUGCAUCGAAAACUGUAUGAAAUUCCAUGGUGUGAACAUCACCUACAAGUUACUGUCCCCCAACGUAAGCUGCUAUCCCGUCAGUAUACUUCAAGGCCGAGAAGACAAAUGGGGAAGCCUUUAUGUGAAUGAUUCCUCUGUGCUACGCAGACCUGAAUGCAAGGAAAUACAAUACAAUAUUCAAGCUACAGACAAGCAGAGCAGGAAACAUACCAAAACCCUCCUCACUAUUGUCCUGGAAGGAACUCUUUUAAAAAAAGAGGAGGACUGCCCCGACUCCUGCGCAGAGAGCAAGCACCGUGCUGAAUGCGAAGAGUGCGGUGGCUUGGGCGUGCUAACAGGAAGGUGCCAGUGGAGACAGGGGAGUGGAAAAGGCAUCACCACAAACUAUUCCACAUGCACUCCGAGUAUCAAGACUUGUCCGGACGGCACCUGUGAUGUGAUCGAGAGCAAAGAUCUGGCUGUGUGCCCCCAAGACUGCACAAGUGGAAACAUUAUUGGUGGUCAUGGGAAAGGCACUGGAAAUCUUGGAAUUAAGUCAGGACAUGGGAUUUGUUACUGCUUCCCAAGACAGAACUGUUUUUGUGAGAAAGAUGAUAUCAAGGAGCAACUAUGUGAUUACGUGUGCAAGACUGUGAUAGCAGGCGCCGUGCUGCUGUCCUUCAUCAUCUCCGUGCUGCUUUCUUCCUAUUUCAUCCAUCGUUACCACAAGAAUUCUCCAAAGCCACCCAUUGCCUCCGCAGAAAUGACGUUCCGGCGCCCAGCCCAGUCCUACCCCAUCAGUUAUUCUUCCACUAAUGUCCGCCGGCCUUCUUUAGAUUCCAUGGAGAACCAGGUGUCUGUAGACACCUUUAAAAUACCAGAAGAUCCAAAGUGGGAAUUCCCUCGGAAGAACCUGGUUCUGGGCAAGACUCUUGGAGAAGGAGAAUUUGGAAAGGUUGUCAAGGCAACAGCUUUCCGACUCAAGGGGAGAGCUGGCUAUACCACCGUGGCAGUGAAAAUGCUAAAAGAAAAUGCUUCCCAGAGCGAGCUGCGAGAUCUACUUUCAGAGUUCAACCUUUUGAAACAGGUGAACCAUCCUCAUGUCAUCAAGCUUUACGGAGCCUGCAGUCAAGAUGGCCCGCUGUAUUUAAUUGUGGAAUACGCUAAAUAUGGCUCCUUGCGCAGUUUUCUCAGGGAAAGUCGAAAAGUAGGACCAAGCUAUGUGGGUAGUGAUGGCAACAGAAACUCAAGUUAUUUGGAUAACCCUGAUGAGAGAGCCUUAACAAUGGGAGAUCUGAUAUCGUUUGCAUGGCAGAUAUCACGAGGAAUGCAGUACCUUGCAGAAAUGAAGCUUGUCCAUCGUGAUUUAGCAGCCAGAAAUGUACUGGUGGCAGAAGGGCGCAAAAUGAAGAUUUCUGAUUUUGGCCUCUCCCGUGAUGUAUAUGAAGAAGAUUCAUAUGUCAAGAGGAGCAAGGGUCGGAUACCUGUUAAAUGGAUGGCCAUAGAGUCCCUGUUUGAUCAUAUCUAUACAACACAAAGCGAUGUAUGGUCAUUUGGAGUUCUGCUAUGGGAGAUUGUAACUUUGGGAGGCAAUCCCUACCCAGGUAUUGCUCCUGAAAGACUCUUUAACCUCCUAAAAACAGGCUACAGAAUGGAGAGGCCAGAAAACUGCAGUGAAGAAAUGUACAACCUGAUGUUGCGCUGUUGGAAGCAAGAACCCGAUAAAAGACCAACAUUUGCUGAGAUCAGCAAGGAACUAGAGAAAAUGAUGGUGAAGAGUAGGGACUACUUAGAUCUUGCGGCUUCCACACCUUCGGAUUCCUUACUUUAUGAUGAUGGGCUCUCAGAAGAGGAGACACCACUCGUGGACUGUAAUAAUGCUCCCCUCCCUCGAACCCUCCCUUCCACAUGGAUUGAAAACAAACUCUAUGGCAUGUCAUACCCGAACUGGCCUGAGGAGAGCCCCGUUCCACUCACAAGAUUCGAUGGCACUAACUCUGUGUUUUCAAGAUAUGCAAAUGAUAGUGUAUAUGCUAACUGGAUGGUUUCACACUCAGCGGCAAAAUUUAUGGACAAGUUUGAUAGCUAAAAUUUUCUUUGUGAAAGGUAAUGGACUCCUGAGGGGAACAAAGAUGCAAAGAAUGGAAAGUCCAUUGGCUCGUUCUUUGUACAAUCAACAACUAACUUUUAAAUUGGCAAACCCUUUUAUUGAUAGUUUCUAAAGUGUGUUAUCCAUGCUGAAGACUAUAAUCGGUGAUUUCCCCUUUCAGAAAACAUAUCAAGCUGGAUAAGAGUUGUAGUUCCAGUACUUCUUUCUAGAUUGCCAUUUUGCAUAUGGUUCCCUUCGGCAACUUCCUACUGCAAAUGGCCCUGCACUUCAUUCUUGCUGUUUUUUAAACCUAACCAUCCUGUGUUACAGCUUUCUUGGAUGGCAAAACGUACUUGAACUGCUACUUUUAUAGUGGCUGUUAGCAUACAACCACUUGACCUAAGCAGGAAGCACAAAAAAUAUAUGGAAGGGAGGGGGGAAAUACGCUCUCAAACUUACUGAGCUUGCUAUCAAAUGAGAAGUGUUAUGAUGAUGUUGGCACUAACGAAGCCUGUAUCUUGGUUUGGAAGCAAACAUUAAGUAACUCAAUAGAGGACUUGAGAUUCAACAUUUGAAGUCUUGUAAAAUGUAUUGUCUUGUCUUAAUGAGAAGAGAGUUUGUUUUAUUAGUCUUAACUUCUCUUACCUUUAGCACAAUAGAGAUAAAUUUGAUACAAGAUAAGCUGUAUAGACUGAUGGCAAUCAAGAGUGUUCAUCUGACGCAAUUUAUUUUCCAUCACCUACAUCUUACUAAUGUUAAAAUGUACAAUCUUGUACAAUCAUAAUUCCUCUUAUGAGUUCAAGAUAGACUGUACAGGAUUUUUAGACUGAAUUCAAGUAAAGAGCUUUUGUUUGCAGUCACGUUCAGUGAGUUGGAGUCCUCCUCUCGGCUCCAGAUUGGAUACACUGCCAUGCACAGGACACUGCCAUGACAUAGAUCCAAAUAAACCUAUUACCUUGAAAGUCAUGAGUAAACAACACUUGCACAGCAAAAUUGGUCUAAAACUCUACUGUUAAUGAAACUACACAAGGAAAAUGUCAUCGCAAUUUGUUCAGGUGAAAUAUAAAAAUGUUGUGCUUACAACACUGACUGGGUAUUUGGGAGAAUGAUCUGACUGUGGGCCAUGUGUUCUAUGUGGAAGAGUAAAUGAUCAGCACUACUUUUGUCUUUAUUUGUAAUCUAAUAUGGUUAAAGAUAACUUUUUGUUUGCUACAAAUGUUGGGAUGUAAAUCCCAAGUGACUCGUUGUUAGCGUUGUGACGGUUAUUCUAAAUAAUCCAAUUCUACCAAAGCUUGCUCCUGUCACUUACAAUCCAAUUUAGCUGUUUUCAGAUGUUGUUUUGUGAGCAACUUUAUGUUUCCAUUAAAGUCUGUGAUUUCAGAAACUGUUAAUAGAGUCAGACUGCCAAAACCUGAACACAGAUUUUUUUUUUUUACAAAAAGCGGGAUCUGAAGUGUUGUGUUGGAAUUUAAACACCUUCACUGUUGGGUAUCAUACUUGAUCCUGUCCUGGUUUUGGACAAUCAUGAAGCAGAGUGACUUUUUUUUUUUUUGUACAAACAUUUGCUUUGUUGUGUAACGCUUAUGUACAGUAAACAGAUAUAACUAUAUAUACAGAAGGAGUUCAGUUGUGAUAUAAUGGUGAUCUUCACUGGCAUGACACAACUGUCAGAAUGCAUACUUUUAAAAUAAAUGGCACUGAAAAUGAAGCCCAUUAUAUGGGCUUUUUUUUUUUUUUAUCAAGAGAACUAUGACAAAAGGAGAGAAAAAUGGCACUUAUGGCAACUUUUUGCUUUGUCCAGUCCUUUUUCCAUAUUUUCUGUCUGUAAAUGGGAAUUCUUUAUUUGCCAUGAGCAAUCAAGACAUAAAGAUUUUGGGUUGGGUUUUUUUUUUUUUAUUUUUCCUUAAAUUAAGAAUUUCUUUUUAUCAGCUAUCUUCUGCAAUAGUAUUCAACUGGGAUAUGUGAAGCGCCCAGUUUCUAACCUGAAAAGCCCUGUGACAACAUUGCUGUACGGUAGGUGAGUGGGAUAGUAAGUAAUGCUGAAAUAACCGGUGGAUGCAGAAAGUAUUGUGUAUUUUAGACUUCCAGCGUGAGUCAAUGUUGUUUCAACCAUUAAUUCCUGGAAAAAAGUUUCAAUAAUAGUUAUUAUCACCUAUGUUACCGGACAUAGAUUCUUCAUCUAAAAACAUACACAGUUCAUAAUUAUAGUUGCUGUACGCAAUUACCUGCAUUAAGUGGAGCUUACUGGAUAAUCCUUAACAAUUGUUUCCUAAUCCAACUAAUUUUUACUCCCUUCCUGCUCAUGAAUAGAUUAUUACUUUCAAGUAUUCAUUCAUGAUAUGAAAGCUUCUUAUGUCUUCUGUGUACGCUAUUUUUGUAAAUAUUUCCCUUGAAGUGUUUCCUAUUUGUUCUGUGUUGCCAUUACUCAGAAUGGUGACAAUCUUGUUUCGGUUCCCCAUUAGAGAGUAAAUGUACUUCCCAUGUGGGGAAAAAAGCGAUGCUGCAGAUGAGUGUUUCCAUCAGUGCCAGAAAUACUUACGCACAUGGCUGCCCUGAGGAAAGUGAUUUCGAAGGGAACAAAUGACUCACCUCAGUGUACAGGUUGGAGAGAAUAUUUCUAAAAAUUUCUGCCAGCCUUUUCUAAAUAUCAGCAGAGAUGACACAGUUUACCUGGUCUGUGCUUUGAGUUGGGGCAGAUGGGGGAGAGAGUGAAUCUCACGUGUCUUUCUAGUCAUUACAGAAGCACAAGGAAGUUACUGUCGUAUUCAUUUCAGAACUUUUCCAGAGGUAUGAUACCAGAAAAUCUACUUGUGAGGUUGCAGAUUUUAAUCUGCAGGCAUUAGCCUGUUUCAUAUAAAAGAAAUUUUAAAAAAUCCUCUCCCUUGAAUAUGGGGUACAUAAUAUUUAGAUCAUGUGGGUUUAUCUACAGUUUGUGAUGCAAAAUGUGGAUAAUUUUCUAUAGUACGCUCAACUGGAUGUUGUUUGAAUUCUUAAAACCAUACAGUAAAAGCAAAUUUGAUGUUUUGUAAUCUAUCUUAUAUGAAUAGUACAAGCAUCAAAAUACAUCUAAAAAGGCUACUUCUAUGGUAACUUUUAAAAAAAUUUUAAAAAUUACUUAUAAAUUUGAAAUGCUUUGUUUCUCAUUUCUAAUUCUAUGGGAGAGCAACCUGCAUCUUCCGGUUACGAGAGAGAGAGAGAGACAGAUAUUCUUAAUGCAUUUUGAGAAGAUGAAUAGUUCCUCUUUUUUCAAUGAUGUGUUUUUUCAGUUGUACCCAGUUUUAUAAAAGGUUGUGUGGUAUCUCAACACAACAAAUUACUUGCUAAAAGCAUAUUUUUUUGAGCUGUUAUGAAAGUUCAUGUUGCCGAUAACGUUCUGAAAUCAAGCAUAAAGGUUUUGGCUACCUAAGUACAGACAAGCACACUUCCCCUUAAGCUCAUCUGAAAUAAUUAGCUCCUUACUUUGGGCUAAUAAUGUACAUUUCAUAAUAAUCCAAUUUCAUUUUAUCUGGAAGCCGUUUCAUAUGGAUUACAGACCAAUCUACAAUGGUAUAAACAAUUUAAGAGCAUUGCAGUUGUACUUUACAUGUCAAAAAAUAACUUUUCAAGUUUCUCUAUUUGAUAAGAAAAUGGAAGAAAAGCGUGUUCAUCUCCAAGGUAGUUAAAAAAAUUAGUAACUUUUGAAGUCAAUGACAAGGUAAUGAUUGUUGUCAUUAGGUGUCAGACUGAGAGUUUGAUUCUAUUCUUGCUGAUAUAAGCAAAUGUGUAUUAACGUAUAAGAUAACUGGUUUAAAUGCAUUUUUACCAUGCCACGAGAAAAAGCUUUAAUUUAAUCAGCUAAGCACAGAAGUUUGUAGAGGUUCAAACUAUUACACUGAUAGCAAGUAAUGUGCAUAUUUUGAAUAAAUAGUGAUGUUUACA